AUGUAUUGGAAUAAACAAGUCUUAUAUAUUAUUUUCAUAAUAGUAAGUGCGCACUGUUGUAAAUAUUAUAAGCGAAAUCCUUUUGUAUUAGAGACUCGUUCUCAUUUAGCGAUUAUUAUCCUAGCAAGAGGUGGCUCUAAAGGUAUAGAAUUAAAAAACAUUGCUACUAUAGAUGGUGUAUCUCUACUAGCAAUAUCUUUAAAACAUAUUAAAAAAGUAGAUGAUAUUGAUUCUAUCUGGGUAUCAACGGACCAUUUUAAAAUCUUAGAAGAAGCUGACAAAGAAAAUGUUAACGUUCAUUGGAGAUCAGCUGCUUCUGCAACAGAUACUGCUACUUCAGUAGAAGGUGUAACAGAGUUUCUAAAUCAUCAUUCUGAAGUCGAUAUUUUAGGACUCAUACAGUGCACAUCACCUUUUAUCAGUUCGAAACAUAUAGAAAAAGCUGUUAAUUUUAUGAGAUCCGGGGAAGAAUGUAUUUUUUCCGUAACAAGAUCUCAUCAACUAUUAUGGACAGAACUAGACAAUAAACUCAUUCCCGUUAAUUUUAAUCCAAAUAAGAGGCCAAGAAGACAAGACUGGGAUGGAGAUUUGGUUGAAAAUGGAAUGUUUUAUUUUGCAACAAGACAAUUAAUAGAAAAAGGUUUAUUACAAACUACCAAGUGAGUUUAUUGUACCUACCUAUCUAAAUCCCACGCAGUGGGUUCUCAACUGGUAAUAAUUUUUGAUAUCAUUCCAGUUAUCUAAAUUUUCGUAAAAGGUAGAAACCAUAGUAUCACCAUUAUACGCAAAAAAAAGUUCCUUUUUUCCAGAUAAUAAUAAAUACGGUUUGGAGAGAGAA